AUGUCUCAAUCUUCAUCCAAAAAUAUAAAAACAAAAUUAGCUGCCACCAAUAUUAAGGACUCUGUUUAUAUACAGACUGCUCGCCUAAGCAAUAUACAGACUGCUAACCUAAACAAAGUCUCAACUUCAGUCAAUACGAAUCGCUCAGACGGAAACUUAGCCUCUAUCAGCAUGGAUUCUUCUUCAUUAGCCAACUGGUCUCAGAUACCAAUAAGCAAUAGUGCUAAAAGAAACCUCUUCUUCUUCUGA